AUGAGCAAGAGCAAACUCCACCAUCAUGUCGACAGCAACAUCGUUGCUGUCAAGAGCAAGUUUGAUUCAGACAUAAUCAGAUUUUCAAUAAACAAAAAAAAUCCCAUUGGCUAUGAUGAGUUUCGCAAGCUACUGGCGGAGAAGCACGAGCUAAAUAAAGAUGAUAAGGACAAGAGUUUUAAUAUUCGAUACACCGACCCGACUGACAAUGACCUCCUGCCAAUAAACAAUGACAAUAACUUGGCACGUGCGCUUUUGGCAGCCAAGUCUCUGCUUAAAAUAUUAAUUACUAGGAAUGGUGACAGCUUUGAUGAGAACACGGGGACUUUGAAGCCGAAGAAUCUUAUUUCUAGUAUUCUUGGUGGAACUCCCGGGAAACCUAAGUCACUGGCUAUCUCUAAUCCACAUGAUUUUAGACAGGUAUCAGCAAUUAUUGAUGUUGAUAUUUUGCCAGCGACAUGCCGGCGAGUCAGAUUACUAAAACACGGCUCGGAUAAACCUUUAGGAUUUUACAUAAAAGACGGUGAAAGUGUGAGGGUACUACCUCCGUCAGCGGGCGGUGGAUUUGAGAAAGUUCCAGGUGUCUUUAUAAGUCGGCUGGUACCUGGAGGCCUCGCUGAGAGCACGGGUUUACUUGCUGUCAAUGACGAGGUUCUGGAAGUUAAUGGGAUCGAGGUUGCUGGAAAAACCUUGGAUCAAGUAACAGAUAUGAUGAUUGCAAAUUCAUCAAACCUGAUAAUAACAGUGAAGCCAGCGAACCAACGCGCAGCAAUGGCUGCGCCAAGACGUGGAUCUUUCUCCCGUAAUAGCCAAUUAUCAUCAGGCAGUCAUCAGUCGACUCAGAGCAUCGUGACCGGAAGUGCCAGCGACGAGGAAGCUGACGAAAUAGUAGAUCUGACCGGGGUCGCGCUCCAUGACGACAUACCGACCUCUUCUCACCAUCACCACCAUCAUCAUCACCAUCACCACCAGCAUCAUCAGCCUCACAAUCAUUUUAAUGACCAGCCGGGUGUCUUACACCUGUGA